AAAGUAGUCUUGAUGGGACAGCGGCGUGCGCCGCACCGUGAGUCGCUGGUCCGAGCGCGUCAAACCUAUAUCGCUCCGAUACACGCACACCGCGUUCCCGUGGAUAGUCCGUGAUACAUAUAUAUAUAUGUAUAUAUGUAUGCAUAUAUAUAUGUACAUAUAUACAUUUUAUAUAUGUGUAUGCCCGCGCGGUAUGUGCCGUCAGUGUGUGUGUGCACCAAGGGAUCCUAGAUGACUGUGGGAAUAGUGUGUGACACUCGUGCGGCAAAGAAAUGGAAAAGAUAGAGUUACUGGGCGGUGCUUGCUUCAGCCACGGCCCUUACACGUUUUACAAGGCGGUAAGGAUAAGUAACGGCCGCGUCCUUCGUCUCGGCAGUUUCUUCCUGACGAAAUUGUGGAGCGAUGCCGAUCUCGUCAGCAUCGGCGAGCUUCAGCUACUGUGGAUGGACAGUCGCGGGCCGAAUCAGCCCCUGGCGUCCCUGCGGCUCUAUUUCCUACCUGAGAACACGCCGGACGGAAGGAGGGACACGCACGGAGAGGACGAGGUGCUGACGAUUUCAGAAAAGGUAGUCGUCCGCGUGCACGACCUAGUCACAUGGCUCUCGCCGACGUUGGAGUGGUCGUGGGGCCGGCAAGUGUCCUAUCCGACGAGCCCGACGUCGUCCCCGGGGGCCAGCCCGCUCAGAUACGAGAUGCCGCAGCCGCAGGUGCUUACGGACCCGGGGAUCGACUUCUCGGACGUCGAGAAGCAGCAGAAGGAAUACGAGUGCAGCGUCAACUCGUCCAAGAAGCCGGACAGCUUUCAGACGAGGGUGGUGGUGCUGUCGUAUCCCAGGUACUGCCGCUACCGGGCGCUUCUACGUAGGCUCGAGGGCGCCGAGCCCUCCUGGCUGUGCUCGUCCAUCGCGGCCGCGCUCGGGGGAUUCACCGCGACGCCGGGCACCAGGGUGCUCUUCUGCAGGGACACAUUCGACUACCCGGAUCUCGAGACUCACGAGCUGCUGUGUAACCACUUGGCACCGAAGCUAAAGGGCAGACCACGAAGGAAGCGCAAAAAGCGCAGCGCCUCGCCGGGCGAAUCCUCCAACGAGAGCGAGGCCUCAGUGGCGUCGACGUCGAAGAGCACGUCGGCGAUCACCAGCCUGGUGAUACCCACGGUCGGCAGGCCGCCCUCGUCCGGGGUACGGCGGAGCGAGAGGAAGACCAGCGCGGAAGAGAAGAAGUUUAUCACCGACGUGCAGAGUUUUAUGAACUCUCGGGGUACGCCGGUCGGAAAGAUGCCACUGCUGGGCUACAGGCAGAUCGAUCUGUUCCUGUUCUACACGAAGGUGCAGAUGCUCGGUGGUUACGACUCCGUCAGCGCUGGCCGCCUUUGGAAGACCAUCUACGACGACAUCGGUGGCAACACGGGGUCCACUAGUGCGGCGACCAUUACGCGUAGACAUUAUGAAAGAUUAUUAUUACCAUAUGAGAGAUAUCAGCGAGGCGAGGAGACAAAAGUGAGAUUGAAUCACGGACGACGUACCAAGAGUAUGAGUAUGUCCGAGGAUUUAGAUAUCAAGGAGGAACCAAGCGACCUGUACAUGUCCGAGACACCUCCGCCUGUAGAUGCAAUUCCUGCGACGACGACACCGCCCUUACAACCAAUAAUGUCAGCGACAACGACUUUACUCUCGAGUGAGAAACCCAAAGCCGAGACCGGCAAGACGUCCUCGUUACGUAGCGUGCGAGUCAAGCCGGAACGCCUCAAGUCCUUGAAUACAAUAAUCGCCAAUAACGCGACACCUUCCAGCCAGCAAGCUAGCCAACUGCCAAGUCCACCGCCAUCCUCCAAUACAUCUAUCUCAACGCCCAACAGCACACCCUCCACAACGCCGACGAAUGGUACCAGUAACAAUCAGAGUGUCUUGGAGAGGCAGCUCAACAGUCCUUUGAUAUCCCAACAAGUUCCACCAUCGUGUUCGCCAGGCUUGCCCGUGGCUAGUGUAGCGACAAACGCGUCGACGGUUGUCACCCUAACGCCUCCGCCUGAGAAGGAUAUGAAGGAGAUCAAGUUGGAUCCCAAGCAGACGACUCUACUGGCGCAGGGCAAGGAAAAUAUACCACUGUUCGGCGCCGAGAAAUUCGCGGAGAAGACGAUACCGCCGGUCUCCAGAUCGCCCGAGGUGAUUGACCUUGAAAACGAGAGCGACACGAGUCGAGACAAGAUAAUCAUUCCCAGCUUCAAGAAACGCAAGCUCGAAAUUCUGCGCGAGGGCGGUCUUGAAGUCACCGCCGUCGAUCUGGAAGCGCGACCGAGCGUGAUUCAGAGUAACAUCGCCGUGUCGCCGCAACAGCAGCAGCACCAGCAACAGCCUCAGCCUCCGCCAGUUACAAUGAAGUCCACUGAAGAGAAGCAACCGUCGAUCUCACCGUAUCCGCUUCCAGUCACGCCCAAUUCCAUUCCUAAGUUGAUAUCCGUCACCGUGACGCCCGACAUAGGACACAUGUUGCCGUCGCCGCAUGAACAUCAUAAUCAUCAGCCGCGAAUACCGACGGUCAAGCAGUUACCCGCUCAUCACAACAACAACAACAACAUCAGUAUGAUGAACAAUAACGUGACGAACAGUCGGGUGAUAAAUCUCGGUAGCUCGAACAAUGCCGCGCUGUUGCAGUUGUACGCGAGCGCGAACGUCGUACCAUCGACGAUCCCGUCUGCGACGUCUGCGCAGCACCCCAACUAUCGUUUCGUUCGGCCAAAUAUUCCAAAUGGCAGGUUAAUACCGCCGAAGGUGACGCAGUCCAAGUCGAUAUUUAUGCACAACGAAAGAACGGUUUACGGAAAUCCCAAGGAUAUUCUUAUCUCUCCACCGAAAUAUCGCGCGUCGCAUCCACAUCCGCAUUCGCAUCCGCAUCCGCAUCAGCAACCGCAUCAACAGUCGCAUCAGCAACCGCAUCAACAGUCGCAUCAGCAGCCGCAUCAACAGCAGCAACAACAAUGCUCGCAACAUCCGCAAAUGAGCUCUAGCAACGACAUCGGACAAGCGGGUGUUCUCGACCUGACGCAAAAGUCUAACGAGAAACCGACGUUCCCUAGGCCCAGUCUAGAAAUAGUCAGAGUACCUGUAGUACAGAGGCCUAAUCCGUUAAAUCUGGACGUGCGGAAUUCACCCGCCAAGGACAAAUCGUUGGACAGGCCUGUCGCCGACUGUCCAAAGCGAGUACCCUUCCCCGCCUAUCAAAAUGUAAUCGACAGUCGAACUAUCGCGUCGAACAACCUCGAAAUUACGUUAGUAAAUCCCAAGCACAAAAACAAUCAUCACCUCAUACCGUCUCAUGUCCAAAUACCAAGUCCACCUAAUAAAAGCAGUGCAAUAGGGACGAUAGGCAACGCGCAAAGGAGGCAGCAUCAGCCGCAGCAACAAGUGAAUGGCAAGUAUACGGUGAGAAGCGAGCCGGUUUCGCCAUACACACCGAGGAAGCCAAGCCAUCCCAUUAUACCGAACGUACCCAAUUUGAAUCAUCUGAAUCACAGUGGAAGUUCGUUUCCCCGAAUGCAAGCAACGACGUUACAGCAACAACAACAACAAAUGAGCAUUGACAGGAGGAAAGCGGUCGCGGAGGCCGGCAGGGAUCAUCAACAUCGUAGAAUCAGCGAGGGCGAGAAAUCAUCUUUGGCAGUGCAACAGCAACAGCAGCAGCAGCAGCAGCAGCAUCAGGAAUCCAGGCAGAGCGAGGUCGGGCGACGACACAGUUUACCCAACAUACCAUCGGGUUUCGUGCCGACGGUACCGCAAAACAACUCUACCGCUUUUCCGUUGCCGCAACUGCCAAACGCGUCCGACAAGUUCCUACCAAUUCUGAACCCCAUGUACUACUCCACGUUCUAUAACGGUUUGCUCCCACCGCCGAUUCCGCCCACGGCCGCCGCAGCUGCUGCCGCCGCCGCGUCGUCGUCGUUUUUAUUGCCGGAAUUUAACGCGUAUUACAAGGAAAUAUUCGCUCCCUCGCAACCAAGACUGACGGGGAUGAUGGGGCAGCCGCCGCAUCAACAGCCGGCCGCCCCAACGUCUAAGUAGACAAUGGGAUCUCAACAUGUAGGGUUUCCGGCAUAGCGAAAGAUACUUUGAUUACUAGAGAGACAAGGAUCCGUCGGACUUCUUCGCUGUCGAUAUGAAUGCCAGCGAGUGAAGCGAUAUAACGAUAAGAGUGAUGCAGUUCAAAUUAUAUCUACGUUCAGUUAUGUUGUUUUUAUUCGGUUUAAGCAUCAACAAGACGAAAUUAUUUACGCUGUUCGUUUCACGGUAGAACAAUGAUAAUCCCGCAGAGUCUCGCGUAAAUAUAGAAUAAAAUAUCAGUCAGACUAACGCGCAUUUCAAACGAAGAUAUAUUUUUCAAAGUUACGUCACACGUUUUAUGUAACUACUAAUAUUUCUGUAAUUAGAAAUAUUUAUAAUGCAUCUGAGAUGCAACAGCAUGUUGACUUCGCUGCCCGCUUGACAUUUCGUUGACGUUCGAAAUCAGAGGCGUAGAUUUAAUAGAAUUAAUAUUAAUGACACGCGUCAUGUCCAGAGAAUGUGCGAUUAUAUAUUACAAGUACAUAACACUGCAAAUUCUGCCUUCAAACUGACUUCUCGGAUUCGUCCAUGCACGAGACUCUGGAGGAUUAUCGAUAUUAAGAAGAAAAAUCCCUGUGAUAAAAGUGCUACAAGUGUAAUGUAUUCAAGGAGACGCAGUCGACGGAAUCCACAGAAAAUCGUUAUUUUUAUAUGUUUAUUUUAUAUGAAUUGUUUACGCGCGUUUUUUUUAGUUUUCAAUGUUACGAGACAAAAUAUUCCGAUUCGGAAGCUCGCGCCGUCCACGGCCGUGGCCGAGGCUACCGAUCGUUCCCGUUCUCCGAGCUCUUUCUCUCUCUAUCUCUCUCUCGAGGAGAGUGGUUAUUUUUUUUCCUUCGCACGUUCAAAAUACGUAAUUUCAGAGUGCCGUUAAUUUCGGUCCGUUCUUUCAUUUACCGUUCUCGUUUCGCAAGCGCACAUUUUGAUUUAUUUUCGAAUGCACCAUGUGAUAAAAGCCCGAUGCGAAGGGUGGGUGGACAACGGCGAACACUUGGCCGGCGGAUCAUCGGAGUGUAUAAUUGUUUACUGUGUGUAACGGGGUAAAUCUUAUGUAGUAACGCUCGCGAAAACCCUAUGUACUGUAUAAGCUAGACAAUUUUCAUUAUUAUAAUAAUAUUAAUAAUAAGAUGAAACACUCGUACACAAUCACAUACACCGCUCUGUAGUCACCUCUAACGAUAUAAGCGCACGCAUGCAAUGUUAUAGCAGCGACAUGUAUAUAAUGUAUAUAAUCACGUAAAUCAUUAAGCUAGACAAAUCCUACAUUAUCUUUCAACAUUACGUAAGGGAAGUUAAGUUUAGUAAGUGUACACAGACUGUCUUUGCUCGUGUGGCCAACGAUUGUCGUAUCGCUGCCUCCUUACGGGGAGACGAAAACGAUAUUUUGCAGAAACAUUUCCGAUGGUCUCUUUUUUCGCUCGGAUGACACUUGUGACGAUCCUUCGUUUUCCAACGCCGCGUGUCCGGCGCGCGGGAGCGCGACAAGUGUAAACCCCUCGGCUUUUUUUUUUAUCUCGGUGAAAGGCAAAACGGAACCGCAACGCGCGCUCGACCGAUUGUUACGCGAUCGCUUACGCAAAACGUGAUCGAACAUCGCGGGCCACCACAAUACUAUUUGAGAACAGAUUUAAACAAAAAUUUACCGACGGUAUAUCCAUGUUAAAUGUAGACAUAUUGAUAGAAUUUGUUCGUUUUAGGAUACUCUGAUCAAAAAAAAAAAGAUACUAAUAAAUAUGAGAGUAACGUUAAAGCAUUCGUAACCCUAAGACGUGCAGGAGGAGGAAAGGUCCGUUUCCGGAUCGUUCUGGCGAAAAAAAAGAAAAUCAGAUUUCUAUAUCGAUGUCUUUCAAGAGUAAUGAAUUGUUCACGUUUUUUCGGAUGGUUCUUUCGUGAUAACAAAGGCGUUCCGGCGCCGAUUAGCGAGACCGCGGCUGAUUAAACAAUAAGCCUUCCAGUGGUAUUCAACGGGUAGGGGGGGGGGACAGGAUUCGUCGAGGAGGAACAGCUAGUGCGAGAGGACACGGGACGACGCGAAACCGCUUACCACUGUUAUUAUUUUUGUAAGACCGCGGCUGACUUCCGGCGACCCGGGCGCGUCGCGACCGCACGCCGUCGCGUCGCGUCGCUUUUCGACUUGGUGCUAUGCGACGAAAAAUUCUAUUGUAAGGUCCUUUUCGAAAAUUUUAACGGGCGUUGUUGGGUACCAGUGGAUCUCUGGCGCGAUCGCCCGAAAGAACUAUACACACACACACACACACACACAGACACACACGUACACACAAUCUUAAGAUAGAUCUUCACGUCCAAGUCUGAUAAACGUAUACAGAAACGAGAAGUUGAGGAGACUCCACGGGUUCUAGCGUAUGUGUAAAGAAAGGAGGUAGUCGAGUACACGGAUCCGCCAUGAUUCGGUGUAACAUCGCGGGGUUCGUACGGGAAAGCGAGGGAAGCGAGCGGCGAGGCGGACGUUGCCGGGUCUCCGCCUGGAGGGAAAGGCGCUUUUACGAGAAUACGUGCCAUAAAAAAAAAGAAAAACUGAUUAGAUAGCGACUACGAGAUCGAGCGGCGACGACGGUCAUUUGUACGUGCUCUCGACGAGCCCCUCGUACGGUUCGAGAGACUAGGAAGGUAGACGCGAGUCGAGGGGGAGACGAGAGGAUGAGAAUAAUAACAAUGUGCAAAGAAUUCCACGUGGAAGAUUUUAUAUGAUUUUUCAGUUUAUAAUUCUGUUACCGCGAUUAUUUUGUAAGUCUCGAGUCCUUUUUUUUUUUUUUUUAGCGCGCGCGUGCGAGUGUAAACGGGAGAAAACGUGUGUGCCGAUGAGCGAGUGAGUGAGUCGUGCGAGAAUCUUUGGAGAGUGUUUCGAGGACGAGUCUACGAUUGUUUUCGUUUUCUUUUUUAUUUUCCUCUGCGAGUUUUCAUUUUGUAUACCUAGUAGCGCGAUUUUAGCAUAACCCUCGUUUUUUCCCACUUUAAUAAUAGUAAUUAUUACGAUACAAAAUAUUUUUUAUUAUAUGGGCAUUUCAGUUCCUAAGUUGGAAAUAAAAUAUCUACUACAAACGCGGGCCUUCUUAUUGCACACCAUGCGAGCUAUCCGCGCGAUCGUAGCAACGGAUCUUUAAAUUUACAUCUUUCCCAGGAGUAGCCGAAAGGUGCACUUGCAGAUUUUGAUUCCGAGGAGACGCCUGCCUCCCUUGCGAUAGAUAUUUAAUUAAAAUAAACCCCUUCGUGAAUUGAUCAUUUCCCAAAUCCUUGGAUCUCUUUAAUAAUUUACAAUGUUCUCGCUGAUAAUAUACGGAGAGAUUUAUUGUACGUUGAAAAGCAUAGCAAUAAUUAAAACGAUCUUUCUCCCCAAGGGCGUCCGCAGGAUCUUUUUCGUGGAAGAGCACGGUUUAAACGUUCAAGAUUAAAACACUUGUCAAUUCAAAUUUAUACACCUUUUGGCAUAUAAAUCUCUCUAUCAAAGGAAGAGCAAAUGUUUAACUUUUUGCUAAUUGAGGGCAGGACGGAACAAAUGCCCGUUCGCUGUGGACGCCUCCGUUUCUCCCUCUCUCUUAAUAAUAAUAUUCCCUGCUGCUAAUUUCAAUUGUAGCUCAGAUAUUGGUAAUUACAUGCGCAUGUAAUUAUUAGAGUCGUGAAUGCUAAUUGCUCGCUGCGCGCAGGACGGAGCGUCCGAGUUUCGACGUCGCGCGAGGCCUGGGAUCGCGGAUGGGAUCAGUAAGAAAUUAAGAUGCCGAUAUGGGAGUUUUAGUCAUGGGAAAGUAUACGGGCUUCCCCACGGAUACGCUCGUCGUAAUCGAGGGGCCGCCUCCCAUUGGUCCGGCCGUCAGCGCGCGGCGUUAUGAACUCGGCAAAACGACUGAAAAACGAAGGAAAAAGGGCCGCGAAGCACCGCGGCGCGGAAUGCACCGGGGCACAUGUGCCGCGAAAUUUAAAAUCUCUUUACGGCAGCCAUAAACCGAUAACCUGUUUAACCAGUCCGGCGACG